AUGCCAGGCUUUCGGUCGUCGGCGCUCAGCGACAUCAUCCAGAGCAACGAAGCCGUCGACUGGACGCCCGAGACAUCGCUUGAGCUUCUCCUGCACCUCUUCCCGUCGUCGGUCGUGAUCCCGGAGCUUGUCGCGACGAUCGAGUCGUUUGCCUUCCGACCUCAUGAGAGCAACCACGAGGCCACGAGUGUCCGCGUGCCGUUCAAGGCGCUGUACGACGGAGCGCAGCAGCAUGCGUCCGAUCAAACGGCCGCGCUCGCAGGCGCCAAGGCCGAGCUGCAGGAGGAGAUCGCGCUCAACGCUGCGCUGGACGACGAGAUUACGUCGCUCGAAGCCGUGCUCACGGCGCAGAAGGCGUCCUUCAACGAGAAAGCGUGCAGAAAAGAGAUUGCGCUCUUCCAGCGCCGACUGGAUCUGCGCACGCAGCAGAGCACUGCGCUCACCAAGGCGAUCGACGACAAGCAGGACACACUGCUCCAGCACGAGCGCCUCGCCAAAGAAGAGAGUCAGCGCCUGCGUCACGAGGACCUCCUGUACCGCCUCCACAGCAAGAAGCUCAAGGACAACGAAGUCGUCUUGCGUCAAAGAGGGGACUCGAAGCGGAAACUACGGAGCCCCGAGGCAACGAUGGGAGAACUGAAGCAGCAAAUUGCCACCUUGCAAGAGACGAUUGCGACGACGGGUCCGCAGGUGCAUGAACUCACGACGGAAAUCUUCUCUGUGCGGGCGGCGCGGGCCGAGUUGGAAGGAGACCUCGCGUCCGUGCGCGCGUCGAUCGAGGAAAUCCAAAACCGCGUCCUCGACUACAAGCAGGCGCACACGCCUCGCCCCGACUGGGAAAAGGUCGUCGUCGACGUCGAGCCGACGUUCAAGGCCCACAACCGCAAAUGCGCCCACCAAAAAAUCACGACCGAAAACCUCCUGAAACUCAAAAGCUCCGCCGACCGCGUCAUGUAUCUCGCCCACGCCGUGCAGGUCAUUGGCUUGGCCGACGACGCCGAUGCGAUCGAUCGCGAGCGUCAGAUUUUGACCAACCUCCAAACGCAGAUCAAGAAGACCAUUGCCAUGAUUCGGUACCGAGAGUAG